AUGAACAGUGAUCCACUCAGCCAAUCAGCUCCAACACUCUACGACAGCUCAAACGCCUGGGAAGAUGCGCCGGCGUCGCACUCACUGCACACAUCUCUCUCCACGGAUAAGCCUUUGCCAGCGCUGGAAGAGAGGGAAAGGGAGCGUCAACAGCAACAGCAUACACAGCAACCACCACGCAGCAGGAACUCAUCCACUCUCAGUAUACCCUCCACUGCUAAGAUAUAUGGCCAGCCAACAGCCCCACUUGCGCAGCCAUCUGUCAUAACCACUGCUGGUAGCAACAGCAUUAAAAGCAGUAAUAACCAUACAACCACGGCUGAUUCCCCCCCUUUCCUCAAAAUUCGCGUUACUGGUAUUACCAAGAAUCGACGUGACUAUCUUGUUGAAUUUGACGCGAGUACGAAUAUCCCCGACUAUGAUACAGGCGGUGGGACAGCAACAUCUCGCAACAGCUCUGUUUAUCGUGGUGUACAGCGCACAUACGAUGAGGUGACGCGGUUGAGUGAGCAGCUCACUCAGGCACACCCUUCCACUAUCAUUCCCGCACUCCCCGCCAACUCCUCCAACGCACAGAGCGAAGAGGAAGAUGACCGUCGUGUGCGUCUCGCACUUCAGCGCUGGUUUGAUAGGGUCAGUGGGGAUGUUGCUUUGCACAACGACAGCGAUAUGCGUGCAUUUAUCAUGAACAAAUUCUCCUACGUUCCUGUCCAGCUGUUCAAACCACGUGGCGGGGGUAUCAACUUUAAGCUAUCCAACAAACUCCCUAAUCUGGGGCUUUGGGGCGGAGGAGGAGGAGGGGCAGCGGUGACGAAGGAAGAAAAGGUUCACGCAGCAUAUAGCGACGACCCAACCAACGCCUCUAACGGGUCUGACGCAACUAAUACGGCAGACGAGAACGAAGACACCAACGCAUACCUAAUACAAGCGCAAGCGGUAGCUAAAGAUCAAGAGAAGGCACUCCAACGCGUCGUCGGUACACUCGAGAUGGUGAUACGUCGUCAACGUGACAGUGCGACAGCUGAGACGAGUGUAAGUGAGCGACUAUUGACCCUAUCUGGUGCGGAGCGAGUACACAUGCCGAGUCUGGCGCAUUCCUUGGAGAAGCUUUCGCGGUGUGCUGGGCGUAUGGGCGAGGUAGGACUGCGGCAUUGUGCGGGAGAGCUGGUGACACUAUAUGACGGGCUAAUUUAUUGCGCGCGCGAUGCGAGAGCAGUAAGAUACACACUCGUGCAGCGUAACGAACUACAGGAUGACUAUCAGCGCGCAGUGCAGCGCUCUAUCUCGAAGAGACGCGCAGUAGAACGCAUGAAGGGUGGUAGGGCGAUUAACGUACAGAGGGCGGAUUCGUCCCUAGGUGAAUUGAGAGAGGCGCAGACUGUCGAGGAUAACCUCGCUCAGCAGGUUCAGCUCGUAGGGCUGCAUCUUCAUCAGGCUCUCGCUGUUCAUGAUAAACAGACAGAGGAAGAUCUCGUUCAUCUACUCAGUGAACACGCCGCUUUGGGUGUUGAGCACUCCCGUCUUAAAAUUGGUGAGUUGCAGGCCGUCCAGAGGGUGGUUGAAGGGAUGGACGUGGGUGGGAGUGGGAGUGUGGAGGGGGGCGUGGAAGAGAAAGAGAAGGAGCAGCAGCGGGAGUAUGAGCAAGAGAAGAAGCAGGAGAAGAAACAAGAAAAGACACAGGAGCAGGAGCAAGAUGAGGAGCAAAAUCAGAAUAAGCAAAUCAAGCAAACAAACUCAAGUGAUCCACUGGGUGCCUCGGCUAGUGCAUUGACGGGUAGAGUAGAUACAUCACGCACGACGCUAUCACAGUCAUCAGUACUUCCAGCCCAGGCCACACCGACACCGACCUCAGCAAGCAGAGAAAGCAUGUCACAGUCGACGGCAAGUAUAUCAAGACACAAGGCGGAUAAGAAGCGUAUAAAUGCGAGAGAAGCGGCAACAAAGUUAGCUGGAGGGUUUUAA